UGGCCCCGCUGGCGGCUGCUCACGCCAUCCCCCGGCACAGCCCUGCUGUUUGCCCAGCCCCGGGGCUGGGCUUUCCCAGCACGGCCCCGCCAUCGCUCUGCGAACCCGCUGAGCACCGGGGCUGCCUGCCGGGGCUCUGCCGCCUCCAUGCUGUCCCCAGAGGGUUUGGUGGCCGCAGCCGCAGUGCUCGUGGUUCUGGGUCUCCUGGCUUGGUGCCUUUGGGAAGGGAGGCUGGAGGUGCCUGGAGACCUGGCAGAGGAGGAAGAGGAAGGGAUCCCCUUCAUGGCCGAGGAGGGCUCAGGGUGCUGCCGGCUGCUCUGCAAGCCCUCGGCUCUGGCCCAGCACCUGGUGCGGAGCUUGGGGCGGUCAGCGGCGCUGCGGGGGGGACGGUGGCCAUGGCCACGCUGGCCUCAGCUCCAGAUGCUGCAGCAGCUCCUGCAGCCGCCUGAGCCAGAGCCAGUGGUGGCCCGGGAGCUCCUGCAGCUGUCUGAUGCUGGGCUGGUGGCCUUGGACUGGCUGGGGGGACCAUGGGGGGCUGCGGGUGGCGGUGGGGUGGUCUCCAGCCCGGUGUUGCUAUUAAUCCCCAAUGCUGCUGGGAAGGUGACAGAGGGGCUGUUGCAGCUGGGGAUGCGGGCGCUGGAGCGGGGCUUCAUCCCCGUCAUCUUCAACCGCCGGGGCCACAACGGCUGCCCCCUCACCACCCCCCGGCUCCAGCCCUUCGGGGACCCCGGGGACCUGCGGGAGGCCGUGACCUACCUGCGGUGCCGGCACCCCACUGCCUCGCUGCUGGCUGUCAGCGAGGGCUCAGGCUCGGGGCUGCUGCUCGCCUACCUGGGGGAGAGUGGCUCCUCCAGCCGCCUGGCUGCCGCCGCCUGCCUCUCCCCCAUCUUCCGUGGUCGGGACUGGUUUGAGGCCGCAAUGCCCUGGCUCUACGAGUGGCCGCUGCUCCUCCACCUCAAGCAGGGAUUAAGCAGGGUUCUGGGUUCCCUGUUGCCCAACACAGCCAGGCUCGAGCAGCCCAAGAAUGGGAGACACACUGCCCUGGGCCAAGGCCUUGAGCAAGUAGCAUCUCCCAGGGCGGUGCUGAGACCUCUGUGGGGGCAACAGAGCCCUGCUGGUGGGCAAAUGGGAGCCAAAAAAAUGCAGGUACGCGGGGUCCCUGGCCGAAGCGGUGGACAUGGACAGGCUGCUGGGCAGCCGCUCGCUGCGGGAGCUGGAGGAAUCCCUCUUCUGCCGGACCCGGAGCCGCCCCACGAGCUGGGAGGUCUACUGGGAACGCAACGAGCCCCUGCGCGACGCGGACGAGGCGGCCGUGCCGGUGCUGUGCCUGUGCAGCGCCGACGACCCCGUGCGCGGCCCCCCGGCCCGCAGCCUGCCCAUGGAGCUCUUCCGCAGCAGCCCCUACUUCUUCCUGCUGCUGACCCCGCGCGGGGGGCACUGCGGCUUCCCCCGCCGGGCACCGGGGCGCUGCUGGGGCCACGAGGCCGUGCUGGAGUAUUUCAGGGCCAUGGCCGAGUUCCUGCGGACGGAGGAGCGCAGGAAGGGGCUGCCUCGGCCCCGCAGGUGGGGGGGUCCCGCCGCCGAGCCCCCCGUGUUCACCUGGCAGAGGUCCUACACGCGGUAGCUCCCCCCUUCCCCCGGGGGGCUCACAAAGGCAGGCAGACACUCCGUGUACUAAAAUUACUUUAUUACAGUUGAUUUUUUUUUUUAACAUUUCCUUUGCUAUGAUACAAAGGAUACUUA